AUGAAAAUAAAAGAAUGUGUACUGUUGGCACUGUGUGCGAUUGUCAACUGCGUGAAUGGCCUCCCGGCGAACACAUAUAGAACAGAAAAAGGUUUGAUAUGCUACCUAUGCCCACCAGGAAAGUUCUUUGUAAGAGACUGUUCGCUGGACUAUGAAACAGCGAUUUGCAGCCCGUGUCCGAAUGGAUAUUACAUAGCAAUAUCUAGUGUGGCCGAAAGGUGCCAGCCUUGUUCUUCCGUAUGUCCGAAUACGAAUUAUGAAUCACCUGACGAUCAACCGGAAAUUAUCACUGUCAACUGCACGAGUGCGACAGACAUACAAUGUGAGUGCAAGCCGGGAUUUUGGCGAGAGAGUGGAUUCCAUGGCAUGUGUCGAAGGGCAAAGUUGUGUGAAGAAGGGCGCGGGGUAAAAGCAUUAGCCACGGGGAACUCUGACACCGUCUGCGAACAUUGUGAGCCCGGUCAGACGUUUUCAAAUAUGUCGUCUGCAAACGAAAAAUGCCGGCCUUGUACACAAUGUGACGCUCUGAUCUUCACUAAACACGCAUGGAGCCCAAAAGACGUUACAUCUCGGCAUAGGUUUAGGUUUUGGCACACUUUUUUUGCUGGAAUAGUAAUUGUCGGAGUGUGGUGUCGUGUAAGGAGGAAACGUAAGCAUGCUUAUAGGAGCUCGUCAAAGGAUCAGCUUAGCUCAUCAAAAAGCACACAUAGCAGCGAAUCAGAUCUGGAGUCAACGUCCAAAGAUGAUGGAUUCAAUGAAAACUUAUCUAAAACGUCUACUUUGAGAGAGAGUGACUAUCGAAACUCAGGACCAUCCGGCGACCGUGGCAUUUUGAAGAAGGAGAAAGACAAUACAUUAUCUCAGUGUAUGAUGGAUAUAUAUCGCGAUAUGAUGUGUUCAGUUGGAGCCAUUGUCAGAUCUAACGAGGUGGUUGGUACCGGAUUUAGAGUGGGAAAACGAAGCAUAGUAACCGCUCUGCAUGUUGUUAUGGAAAUUAUAGACCCAAGGAAAUGUGGAGAACAAAACUUUUUCAAAUUAGAAGAAGCGUCUGUUGUGUUUACUGAUAAUCCGCUCGAUCCAUCGGCCAGACACUACAACUUCAGCGCAAACGGUUUAUAUUUCGAUAAAGAUCUGGAUUUUGCUUUCCUAAAAAUAGCUCACCCCAAUGGGAAUUUGCCAAAAAAGCUUACACUUAGAAAAGAACCUUUCAAGCGUGUCGACACUGUCUCGUUGAUUGGGUAUGGUCACCCAGGAAAUCCAAAUAAGCAUUUUGAGAACAGUUGCCAAAUCAUAUACAGAAAUUCACGUGCAAUUGAUAUUGCACACACUGUUUUCCACCAAAACAUUGACAGAUUCCGGGCAGGCUUGCUGCAGACAUAUGAUCGCUCGAUGGUUGAAAAGGGUUAUCAGGGCUACGAUUCCCAACAUUUAAUACUGAUGCAUUGCUUUAUGGAACACGGUGCUUCAGGUUCACCUAUUCUGGCCUGCGUCAAUCCAUCGGCAGGGAUCGUAGAGGUUGUUGGAGUACUUACUCGUGGUUUUCCCGAAUUUUAUUUUUGUUUGGACAAAAGACAUAAACAUUAUCUACCUGAUAAUUGUAGAUUUGAAGCAGGAUCUCGCAUGACGUCAAUAUAUGAACGCAUGACUAGCCUACCGAAGGAAAUUAUGGCGGAUUUUUUUGGUUAAAGUAAAUGAGAUGUAUUUCAUUAAUAUUAAUGAAGAAAUACAUACAUUUUCAAUGCUGAUAUAUUUGGGCCCCAGUGUCAAUCAGUAAAUUGUAAUGAUGUUAGCUAUUAUUAGGUAAAUUGUAAUGAUGUAAGCUUUUAUUAUCAAGUGUUUAGUUCCUACCUUAAUUUCUAGUGGCAUUUGUGUUUUAUGUUCCUUGGUUUUCUUAUUUGUACAUCUUUUCAUAUUCAUGUUUGUAUUUUUAUGUUUGUAUUCUUUGUACAAUAUUUAUUAAUUACUAAGCUCUGUAGUACUAAAUUUGUGUGAUAUUUUAAGUACGUGUAAACGCUUGUCUUUUUAACUAAUAUUAAAUAAUCUCAAGUCUUUUGAAGCAAUACUUUAUUUAUACUCAUAUUCUCUAUUGUUCUCAUCUACAGGAUUGUUAUAAUUAUGUUUCUUUGUAUGUGCUAUACAUCAUGUUGCUAUCAUGUAAUGUAAUGUGUAAGUCGGCUCAAACAUCUCUUCAGAGCUUGUGUUAUCAUGUUUGAAAUACCCGACUUUAUAAAUAAAUAUUACUUGACUAAA